ACCACCAGGAUUUCUUCAUUUUGUAUUAAUAUAUAAUCCACUUCCUUGCAAGAUUAUCACAAAAUGUGAAUUUUAUAAUAAAUUCAACAACGAAGAAAUUCAUCUACAAAUAAACGACACUAUUGAAAUAUAUAAAUAACUCAAAAUUGUGUGUGAAAACUUCGAUGAAAAAUUCAACGUAUUUUUGGCUUGGUGUUGGUGAAUGCAUGUAAAAGAGCGAACGUGUGUAACUCGUUGGUGAAAUAACAGUAUUUUGUUCCGGUAUAUUUUGUCUAAGAUUGCCUACGAGAUCGCACAGACGCACACGGCCGAUUUGUUAUUCCAAAGCCAAACAGCAUGGAAGCUCGCCAGAAUAAUGCUGCAACCGAGGCCCGAGAUGUUUUGACCAAAUACUUGGAACUAUUUCAGCAAAGCAGCAUUGACUUUAAAUACCAUUUGGCUCCAAACAGUGUAAUCGAUUGGUAUGGAAGAACUGUGCGUGGUGCCAAUAAAAUUCAUGAUUACUUAAGACAUGAAGUGAACAAUCAAUUUGAACAUACCGAAUUUCUGGACGCAGAGGUAUGCGGUCCCAUCGAAACAAAAACCAGUCACAUGCGCACAAAAGUAAUUUCGACCAAGCCGAUCGAUCAUGUACAUCCUAUCAAUCGAGUACCAGAUAUGGUACCAUUAAAAUCCUAUGCCGACAGUGAUGUUGAAGAUAAUGAACAACCUACGACGAUAUCAUCGUCGGCAAAUUUAUUUGGUGCUGGGGCCUACAUACAUACACCGGAAAAAUGUAACACCAGUACAUUGGAAAUUGGUAAUCUGACGCCUCCAUCAAGUGCUAUAAAGGAGCAUGAUAGGAAAUCCGAAGAUGAAGAAAUCGAUAACAACGAAACAUUGAUGCGAAGGCAUCGCUUAAAACGCACACAUUCGGGUAAUUUUAGUUAUCUGAAACGUUUACCCACAGCACCGUCUACCAGUAAACGUAAUAAAAAUAUUGAAGGUGGCGUACGUACGCUCUUAGAUGAUUCAUCCAGCGAAGAAGAUGAAUUGGAAGUUAUGGAGGCAUUGUACACUCCUCUGCGUUAUUUGGAAGUAAAGGGUGUAAUGCGUUUGCGUAACAAUAAUAUGAUGGCCAAACAACGUAGUGCUCUAUGGCGUGAUCGUUCAGAGUUAGAGACACGUGUACGCAUUUCAUAUCGUCGCAAAUUGGAAGAUAAUCAAUUGCAGUUUGCCUUGAUAAUAUAUGAAUCGCUAAAUGGUUCAAUUGUGGCAACUACUCCAACUCGUCGUAACUUGAUGUCACAAUUUGCUCUGACCGCCGAUGAGGCCCAGACAAAUGAGAUACAAACGCAACAAAUGGAGGAAGAGCAUAUUGAGGAAACUGUUAUAGAACCUAUUGCUGGUGGACAACUACCAUCGGACGCUACAACAACAUUGCUUAAUGAUGAAGAUCCGUUGCAAGGAGGGAAUACCUCAUUGGAGGAUUUGUCGGUUGCCAAUUUACGAACACCCACGAAAUUUACCCAUACUCCACCUGCUACGCCAAAACGUAAACCCCGUUCUUUGAUGGGUACUGCUUCGGGCAUGAAACGUUUAAAUAACUCACCUCAAGCUCCACCCGCACCCAAGCGUAGUGCCGCACGCAGUUUGAGGUUAUGAUUUCACUUUUUUUAAUUCUUUUAAUAUUUUAUGGUCUCGUUUAACUGCUCAAAUUCUCAAAGACUUUAGUUUUAGAGUUAGAUUUUCUUUGAAUAGGUUAAUCAAAUUAAUUUCCAGUGGUUGCAUGUUGUAGAUUAUGACAAGUUUUCGUUAGGGUCAUCCUGCACACAAAUAAAACUAUUUUUUUUAAAGUUAUUAAAUAAUUAUUAAAAUUUAAUAUUAAUUCCAAUUAAAAUUCGAAAAAACAUAUUUGUAAAUUUUGGGUUUUAAGGAGGAGAUAAAAUGAUACCCAAUUCAAAAUCCGGCAAUAUUCCUCUCUACAAAAAUAAUAAUUUAUAUAUGUUUACAUUCGAAAAAAAUGUGUAUUUUAAAAAGAGGGAAAUUCGAUUUUGCCCGAAAAACUUAAUGCCAAGUGUUUUCGAAUUUUAGUUGUGAAUUUUUAUUCAUUUAUACAAAAUUUUAAGGCCGUGAAUUUAAAAAUAUAUUUCGAUUCGAAUGCAAUGAUUUAGCCCAGGCCAAAUAUAUAGCACAUAAAUACAUAUACGUAUCCUAAUUUUAAAUCCUUUCAUUCGAAUCGAAAUUUUAGAAGAAUCUAUUUACAUUUAAAAGUGUAUUUCUUAUUUUCUAACAAAUAACUCUCUUCUGCAUUUUCCCUUAAGAAGGGAACCUGUUGGAUGGAGUUGCCUCAAGUAUAGAGAUGUAAUGUUGUUUAAAAACUACUUCGUAAGUUCAAGAGGAAGUGUAGCGGACAUUAAGACAUUAUAUUCCCCAAAGAAAAAUAGAAGUAUAUUUCAAUACAUCUUAUGUUUCUUUCAUAAAUUUUAUAUUUAUUUUUUUUUUUGAUUGCAAAUUAUUAAGUAUGUAUAAUUAAAUACAUAAUUUUUUUUUAUCAAUUGUCAUGCUCAAAGGAAAACUUGUCAUAUUUUACAACCUCAAUGUUUUUUAUAACCAAACAAACCCAGUAGUACUUGGCAAUAAUAUUUUAUUUUUUAUGCAUCUUUUUUUCUAUCCUGAAAUUUAUUUUAUUUUUUAUAAUCCUUAAAUACCUUUUGUUUUUUCCUUAUUUAUAAAAAAUCAUAUCUAAACUGAUAUAUCCCCAUAUAUAUAUUUAGUAUGAAACGAUAUUUUCCAUGCAUUUAUUUUUCGAUCUAGUAGUUGUUUUUAAAAAGUAAACUUAAGAUUGAAAAUCGUCAAUCAUAUUUUAAAGAAAAUAAAUUUAUAAUUAUAUUUGUUAUAAAUCCAUUAA